AGUAGAACUAAAAUGACUGCGGAUGCACAGCGAUGUGAAUUUUACGUCAAAAUAUUGUGAAUUUUUGCUCUUAAAAUAGCAUUAUUUGGUGAACAAAGUGCUAAAUUCGGUAUCUUGGACAUACAUAAGUUGAAAAAGGUGCUAUUGUGGUACAAAUCGCGUUGGUCCUGCACUCAAAUGUUGGAAUACAGUGAUUCCAUAGGAAUAAUUCUGUGGCAUGUCCAUGUCUGAUGAAUAAAAAUAUUACAACUAAAAAAGUGAUAACACAAGAUCAAAUGGAGGUUGUAUGGUGCUGCUAGAAUACGAAGUUCAUAUUACAUCACAAUCAACGUACAACACGCUGACACUGGUCAGUAGGGAGUCCCUAGCUUUAGCAUGCUCGCUAUGAUGGACAACAACGACAAUGAGAAUUAUUGCUACCAGCAGCCAAGUGCAAAAACCGGGAGUGUAAACAAGGGUGCGAUACCGAAGGCGACCGCCUUCAAGUAUCAGAACCAGUUCAACAACAAUAACAAUAUUGCCGAGCAGGAGAACCUAAUGCCGCAUGCAAAUGUGCCACUACAGAAGAGCACUGAUACGGAUGUACGCAUCGGCAGCAAUGGGCCCGAAUCCUCAACACAUGUAGCGGUCGCCGGUGUUCCGAAAACGGAAUCCGAAGAAUCCUUUCUCAAUGGACAAAGAGAAGAUUUAUCAAGGGAAGAUCCAUACGCAAACGAAGAUCUAAUAGCUAAGUCACUGAAUAACGAAGAAGCUGAUCUGGACGGUGAUUCCGACAAUAAUUCUCUCGGAAACCUUUCCUACAUUAGCGACAAUGGUUUGAUCGAGGAAAUCAUAUUGCUGCCGAAUAAUAUCUACUCCGACGAUGAAAACGGAUCUGCCUCGGAUGAUUGCAUCUACGCCUACAGAGGAGACGAUAAUGCUCCGGCAGUACUAGAAUAUCGCGAGCAACCCGCGGACGAUGAGACUGAUUUUUUGGAAAUGGACUUUGACCCUGAACCCAGUUCGGAAUUGGAAAAUCUUCUUGAACAUCCGGAAAUUGAUGCCAGCUCGUUUCAACCUGCACCGUUACCCGUGGAAAGGAUUUCUCGGCAAGAUAUAGUCAAAUCGCCUCUCAAAAGUCCGAGUUUUGGCAGAGAUUCGCCAAGUCGGAGGCAAUGUGAGCCUUUAGAUGAACCAGAUGGAGCCGCCACCGUCGUUGUAUCUACGGUGCCCACAGAAAUGAAAAAAACUGGAGCGAUUCCCAAAAAACUUCCGACCUAUUCUCAGCAAUCCACCAUGGAGGCACAUGACUACGACCUGGCUGGACCGAGCAAACCGACAAUGAGGGGGAAUUCUAAAAAUCUUAAAUUGGAUUUAAAACUGUGCACGGAAGGGAGCGGUGCUAUGGAUUAUCGAUAUCAGUAUCCUUACUACAAUGAUUCCGAGUAUAUCGCUGAUGAUGACGAGGACACGUGCUGUCUAGAUUGUACGGAGAAAAAAGGUCUGCUUAUGCAGACCAAACAGGACUUGAGUCGGCAGAAAGUUUGUCGGUCUUGCCACUCGAGAAAUCUUCAGCACGGGGCAGCAGGAGGACACUCCACGCACUUGGGGGAUUUCUUCGCAGAUGUGGCCCAGUCGUUGAAUACGAGCAACUCGGAAGCGGACCUAAUGAGCGUCCGAGCGGAGCAAAUUGUACUGCAAGCAUUAAAUAAAAUCAACGAGCUGAAGGCAACUCCACCGAGCAUGGGCUUAUCAAAGAGUAUGGAAGAUCUGUGUGUCGAGCUGGAGGCAGAGCAGAGGGAACAGGAAAUGCCAGAUGAUUUCGCGCAAGAGCUUUGUGCUGAUAACACAGUAACGAUAUACACUAUGAAUUGCGGAGAACUGACGAUCAUUGAAGCUCUGACUAGAAUCGGAGUCGCUCCAAACCUGGACGUCCUACGGCAAUAUUUCAACGAGAGGUACACGGUAGAUACGGGCAAAAUGAACAUCCCCCAGUUCCUGCUGUACAUGUCGAAACGUGAUUGCAACUUUAGGAAGUUGAUCGAAGCUAUUAAAUCGUGCUGCGACGAGCCUUUGGAUGUGCAGUACUAUCCGUUGGACCCAUUCUCCGACACUCCUGAAGUGGUACCGAUCAAUUCUGCUGAGAUCACUAAACGAUGGAACGCCAACACCAACCUUCGACAGAUCAUCAACUUCAAACACAAACACUUCCACACGUUGAAUGUGCUUGGUAAAAUUGUUAACAUCCUACGGCAGCCAUCGCGGGGUCGGCACACAAACCAGAUCAUCAAUAUUCCUCAGUACUACAAAAGUGGCUCCAUUACGAUAACCAGGAUAACCUAAGUUAUUGAACUACUAUAGCUUCAAAAUUAAAUCCAGCUCUAAAACUCUCUCUGGUUCUUCUUUAAUCAAGCACUGCUUCUCUAAAAACUCAUAAUUUUAGGACCGAGGCGUUACAAAGAUUCUCAAUUAGUUAGAUACGUAUCAAUUAUGAUAGCGAUUAGAAAGCAUACUGGCACAAACUACGUCAGGUAUUAAUUUAUUAAAUUUCGCUUUGGCUUUCCUAUUGUGAAAAUAAAAAUGUACUAUCUUGACUUAUGUAAGAUUAUUGUACCGUAAAUUUACAUAAUUCUGCGCAGUUUUGAAAAAUUAAAAAAAAAAGAGCUACAACUGCUUAAUUGAGUUUGAUAUGUAGAGCGGAAUUAUUCACUCAUACUUAUACAACAUACUGCUAAAUUUUGUCAAAAACUAAGAAGCGUGAUACACUAGACGUUGAGCAGAAUUAUGGCACUUGACGGUAUAUAAGUUUUCGCACGUCAAUACUUUACGUUUAACAUUGUGUAAAUAUAGAUUGUACACUAUUUAUUACAACUAGCGUUUAGUAUACCGCAUAUCCUUGUUAGAAUGUAUACACCGGGAGAAUGAUUUAGUUACGACCUAGGAUUUAAAUAGGAUUACCACGUGUUUCUAUCAAUGUAUAUCCCAGUUUACGAAAGGGCAAAAGGGACAGUUUACAAUAAGCAAAGCCUUGCAGCAGGUUGAAGCAGACCGGAUUUCCUAUUUCAAUCACCGCAACAAUUUACUGGUUGAAAUAUUUAUACGCAGACAGCAAUUUGUAUCACCAACUACAACUAACAACAAGUUACACCUAUCACGCUGAAUAUCUUACAAUUAUACCAUUGCUGGAAACAAAAUACAAUAACAGUUACAAUUUGAAA